AUGGCCCCAAGUUCUUCUCCUUCUCCUUCUUGCUCUCCUCCGCCGUCUACUGCGGCGGAGCAUAAAGUUGCACCGCCGGAGACGGCUAUGCAGACGAAAAUGAAGAAAAGAAAUCGGAAAGAUGUGAGUUAUAAGCAUCCGGUUUUCAGGGGAGUUCGGAUGAGAAGCUGGGGGAAAUGGGUUUCGGAAAUCCGGCAACCGCGAAAGAAAUCCCGCAUUUGGCUCGGAACUUUUCCGACGCCGGAGAUGGCGGCGAGAGCUCACGACGUCGCCGCCUUGUCGAUCAAAGGUACCUCAGCGAUUCUUAACUUUCCUCAACUCAAAGACUCGUUACCACGUCCAGCGUCUCUAUCGCCACGUGACGUCCAAGAAGCGGCGGCGAAAGCUGCCACCAUGCAGGAUCUUCCGGCGUCAGGAACUCCGGUGCCGCCUCUACGACCAUCGUCGGGUGACGGUUGUUGUAGUCCCGUGGAUGAACUCGGUGAGAUUAUUGAGUUGCCGAACUUAGAAGGGUAUUUGGACUCACCGGAGUCGCCAACUGAGUUGGUGAUGGUUGACUCGGUGGAUAGAUGGAUGCAACCGUCGUGGGCGGUGGCGGAUAUUGAUGGUUUUCUGGAUUAUAUCUCCGAUCAGGUGGCGGAGGACGGCGGCGGUUCUCUCAUUUGGGAUUGUUAG